CUUUGCUCCAACAGACGGGAGCGACAUUGAGCUGGAUAAAAGUCAAAUUCUUACCUCGCCCUUUCACUGCUGGCAGGAUCAGAUUGCAUUUCUUUUAUUAUUCUUCACUCCCCAGUUUCCUGAUCUGUUUAAAAGAAGAAGUAGAAAAGAUAAAUCGUCUCUUCAAUGCCUGGAAAGGAAAACAAAAUGACCUCAACUCCGCUUUGAAAAAAUCUUUCCAAGAACUUUCUUCAGAGAUUUUACUCGAUUGGUGACCUUAUAGAAGAGGAAGGGAGAGAGAUCCUUCUCUCUAUGUAUGCACACACAGAAGAAGGGCCACUUGAGGACAUAGAGAGAAGGUGGUUUCUGCAAGCCAAGAAGAAAGCUCUCUCCAGGAGCCUGAUUCUGCCAAUGCCUUGGUCUUGGACUUCCCUCCAGAACUAGAUGAUUGACGCAAUGAAGAAAGAACAUAUUUUUUUGGUUUCUGUAUGUCUGCUGCUUAGUUGUGCCUCUGCCCCUCUUAAUGCUGUUCCUGAGGAAGGUGAAGAACAUACAAACAUUACAGAUGCUGAGUUGCCACCGUUGAAACUUGUACAUUCAUUCUGUGCAUUUAAAGCAGAUGAUGGCCCAUGCAAAGCAAUGAUAAAGAGAUUUUUUUUCAAUAUUCACACUCAGCAAUGUGAAGAAUUUAUAUAUGGGGGAUGUGAAGGAAAUCAGAAUCGAUUUGAAAGUCUGGAAGACUGCAAAGAAAAAUGUACAAGAGAUUAUCCAAAGAAAACUAGAAGGACAAAGACAACAUUGCAAAAAGAAAAGCCAGAUUUCUGCUUUUUGGAAGAAGAUGCUGGAAUCUGUCGAGGUUAUAUUACUAGGUAUUUUUAUAACAAUCAAUCAAAGCAGUGUGAACGCUUCAAGUAUGGUGGGUGCCUUGGCAAUCUCAACAACUUUGAAUCACUGGAAGAAUGCAAGGACACCUGUGAGGACUCAUUGAAUGAUUUCCAGGUGGAUGAUUAUAGAACCCAGCUUGAUGCUGUGAAUAAUGACUCCUUGACUCCCCAGCCUACCAAGGUACCCAGCUUCUUCGAAUUUUAUGGCCCCUCCUGGUGUCUGAGCCCAGCAGACAGAGGAUUAUGUCAAGCCAAUGAGAGUAGAUUCUACUACAAUUCAAUCAUUGGGAAAUGCCGCCCAUUUAAGUACAGUGGAUGUGGAGGGAAUGAAAACAAUUUUACCUCUAAAAAAGCGUGUCUUAAGACUUGUAAAAAAGGUUUUAUCCAAAGAAUAUCAAAAGGGGGAUUAAUUAAAACCAAAAGAAAAAGAAAGAAGCAGCCAGUGAAAAUAGUAUAUGAAGAAAUUUUUGUUAAAAAGAUAUAAAUUUGUUACAUUACAACAUUAUUUCUACUAAAUAUUUUGGAUAAAACUUUUCAUUAUGAUUCCUAUUUUUUCUCACCUGAAAUCUUUUUAAUGAAUUUUUCAUGAAUUUUCUAUGCAUAUAUUACCUGCUCUUAAUGCAUUUGCAUCAGAGUUCCUUUACUUAUCUGGUCAAAUUGCUUAUUCUAUGGCUAUAACUUAUUAACUGUCUACUAUGAACUUAUUAUUCUCUCAAUCCCUUUCUAACUAUCUGCCAUAACUACAAUUUAUCAUACAACUGACAUCAAAUCAGUCCAUUUUACCAUUUGGUGAUCAUCCUAUUUGAGAAUAUGUUGUCACUUAUUUGUUUUGAUCAUGUAUACAAUUAUAUUUUUUACAGCCUAUGCCCAGAUUAAGAAAUACAACUAUUAAAGAUCAAGUGGUUUUGGGGUUUCACAUCUAAAAUAGUGGCAAGCAUCUUCUUCUGAUAAAGAUCACUCAAUUUGGAAAGAUCACUCAUUUGGAAAGAGCUGGUAAUAACAGAAUUCUGUCAUGUGAUUCCCUCCCUAGACAUACUUUUUCUCCUUUUGCAUUAACCAGUACCUUGAACAAUCUUGAGCCAAACCAUAUCUGAACAAAGAAAGUCAACUCUACGUCAUGUGCCUGCCUGAUUUUGAUUGAUGUAACUUUUAUUUGCUUAUGGCUCAUCAUAUCAGUAAAGACGGCUGAAUAGCUGUGUGUUAAAUACAGAUCAUGAUAAGAAAAGACUUGGUGGGAAAGGGAAUUUCUUAGUGGCAAUCAAAAGGAAAUUGUUUAUGUACUUCCUAAUUUUAUUGCUUGACAAACUUUUCUCUUACCAAAAAUAGCAAGUAUAUUUAAAACUCCUGAAACCUAUUCAUUUAUAAUUAGGCUUUGCACACAAAGCAACCAGUAAUUCAUGCUUUUAAAACAAAAUCAUGUUAUUUCUGUAGAAAAGGAAGAGAAAAUUAUCAGCAAGGAAGAUUCUACUAGAAAACAUAUGUGUUAUUCACUCUCAGGUUUUUAACUAACAUUUCUCUGGAGUUAAUUCACUUUAUCCAGAUCUAUACCUUUCCUUCUCUGCUGAGUCAUGUACAGUCUGACAUCUCAACAGCCUUCUAGAUAUUUCAGAUUCUAUGAUGUUCACUUCAAAUUUCACAUUAAAAUUUGAACUUGUCAUCUAGAAACAACUAACCACUUUAUCCAUUUAGUUUAGCUUAAUUACUUCUCUCUAGCAAUAGUAUCAUAAUUCUGCCUGCUCCUCAGGUUUGAAAGUUUGAACCCAUUUUGAUUUCUUAUUUUCCCUCAUAUACUACUUCCAAUCAGUUUCUAAACACUAACGCUUCCUUUUUCAUAAAGUUCAUCUAACUCCCAGGCUUUUUACAUCUACUUCAUUCUUCAUAUCAUUAUUAAUUUAAUUCUUUUCUUUUUUAAAUUUUUCCUUAAGCUUUAUUUUUUUAGAGCACUUUUAGGUUCACAGCAAAAUUGAGAGGACAUUUCAAGAUUUCCCAAAAACUCUUGACCCUACACAUGCAUGGCCUCCACCAUUAUCAACAUCCUGCAACAGAGUGGGACAUUUAUUACAACUGAUGAAACUACAUUGACAAAACAUAAUCAUUCUAAGUCCACAGUUUACAUUAUAGUUCACUCUUGGUGUACAUUCUAUGGGUUUGGACAAAUGUGUAAUGACAUGAUUCCACCAUUUACAGUAUCAAACGAAGUAUUUUCACUGUCCUCAAAAUCCUCUUUGCUCUACCUAUUCACUCCUUUUCCUUCCCCAAACCUUGGAAACCACUUAAGAAUUAAUUCAUAUAUUUCUCCACCACUCAAACCUUCGAUGACUCAGUAAUUGGUACUUAACCCCACCCCAUCCCUCAAUUUUGAUAUAUUUAUAUAUAUUUUUGCACUUACCUACACUACUCUUUCAUGACUAUUUCAAUUUAAAGUGGUAUUCACUGAUCACUGAAUAUAUGUUUAAUUACUUAGUUUAUUCAUGCUGAUUUUUUAUUUAAAAAUAUGAUCCCCUCCAGACCAUUCAUGUGAAGUCAGGGUACAGCUGAUGUGAACUAUAAAAUCACUGUAUUUUGAGGCAUAAUAUGAAAAGUUCUAAUAUACACCCUAUGGCAUAAAAAUUAUAUCAUUGAAAAAUAGUGUCAAUUUGUUCACUUAAGAAAAUUUCUAUAUCUUGAUUUCAAAUAUUCAUACAUAAGUAACUGCCUUAAACUGAGUCUCUGCUGUGCAAUUUGGAACUUUUGGAAAUCAAAAUCUCUUGUGAAAUAUUCCUGUUAUCUUUUAUACAUGGAUAGCAAUAGCUUUAAAUAAAGGGUAAAGUCUCCCUAGGUCAAGUUGCAAGUUGCUACCAAGGACAUAUAAACAGCACAUUGGUGAGUUGACUAUUUUCGCCAACAACUAUUCAUGGCUUCAUUACUUAGUCAAGAAAGACACACACUGAGAGAUGGUUUGCAAUGUUUAAUGCAUGUGAAUAUUAUGUUUACUGUGUUUUUAAGUAAGAUUGUCGCUGGUGGUAUUGUUUUCCCUUAUUUUGCAUAAUCAAAUGCAUCUAACUGUGAAUUUUAUAUAGAAUUACAUUAUACAGCAUAUAAUGCUUAUUUACCGACUUUGUUUAUUCUCUGUUCAAAAUUAACCAUGUAUGCUGAAAAUUGCUCAAAUGAUUUUAUUUUUUACAGUAUAAGAAAUAAAAUAUAUUAUCCUGAAUAGU